AUGCGCAGCAAAGUACCAGUUGGCAAGUCCUCACCUCGUCCUCACGUGCAGGUUAAUAACUACGGGCGAAUUAACUCGCCCGGCGAUGACAUCCGUGUAGCCAUGGCGAAGAACGCGAGCAAGGCGGCAAGUCCUACCGCCGCCUCCGGUGCGAGCUGUGACGGGGACGACGGAGACGAAGCGAACGGCGACGACGCCGAGGAGGAUUGGCCGGAGAACGGCCACGACGACAGCGCUUCAGGCGACGAUGUAGGUCCUGCUGACAUCGAGGAGGACGACUGGUGGAAUCGGCCGGCCGGGAGCGACGACGAGGUGGAAGAGUGGCAUGCUGGUGAUUCCGACAACGACGGAGGUAAAGAUGCGCAUGGUAACAACGCGGAGGCAGCGGCGGAUGCACAGGAAGCGGCGGUGGAUGCGAAUGAGGAGGCUGACGACGAGGCGGGGGCAGAACUUGAGACAUUUGCGCCUACGGAUGCGGCCGCAGUUGCGGAUGCGGAAGGCGAGGAAGGCGGCGACGACGACCCAUGGAGCUUUGGGAUUGACGACGACGUCCGGCUACUGAAGCCGAGGCUGCGCCAUCGCCUACAGUCCAAGUCAAAGCGGGCCCGCGUGGUGCUCUCUGACGACGACGGUCCGGGGGAGGAGCGUCGCCCGAUACUCACCACUGCGGAGAAGGGGAAAGCCAAGGUCGCGGAAGCCCCUGCUAAGGCCCCUGCUAAAGCCCUUGCUCGUCGCCGCACAAGCAACAAGAAGCUGACAUCCGACGGAGACCCGGGAUCCAGCAAGGGUGUGGCUAAGAAGAAGGCGAAGAAGGCGCCGAAUCCUGACGACAUCGUCGUGAACGAGCCGCUGGGCAGCGACGAUGAGUACGCGGCGGCGGCGGGCCCGAUUCCCACAUUCCCUGAGAAGGAAUCGUGGUCCAAGCACAGGACAACGGGGAACCUGCGGAGGCCUCCGCACCCCGUGGUGCUGCAGUGGAUCGCGGAGGCUUGGGAUCAAGUCCCCAAGCAGAUCAUCAUCGACGCGUUCCGCCACUGUGGGAUCUCGAGCAAGCUGGACGGAACAGAGAACCACCUGGUGAUGUCUCACCUGCGCGCCAGGAGCACCACCGAUGUCUCCGCGGACAUGUCUCUCGGGGGGACCACAGGCGACAACACGCGCCUGCUCGGUCGGGCUCCAGAGGAGGAGGAGGAGGAGGCGAUGCAGGCGGAGGGCGUGCGGGAGGUGGCCGUGGCAACCGGCCUGGAGGUGCUGUACCAGGAGACCCCCAACUACCGCGGAGCGGCGGCCGAGGCUGACCGCAUGAUCGAGCCUAGGGAGACGGCUAGGCAUGCCUGA